GCCGCCCCAUUCCACCUCUCAAAGGAGCCGAGGACGAGACUCAGCCGAGCACCCCGUGAGGUUUCCGUUUGCCCACCACUGCUGCUGCUGCCUCUCGCGUCCGCCGCCGCCGAGGCGAGGAGGAAGGAGACCGGGGAUGGAGAUCGCGGCCGCCGCCGUGGGCUGCUCCAAGGAGCACCAGAAGAUCUACGCCGACUGGUUCGCGCUCGCCGACCCAGAUGGAGACGGCCGCGUCACGGGCUCCGACGCCACCAAGUUCUUCGCCAUGUCCGGCCUCUCCCGCUCCGACCUCAAGCAGGUUUGGGCGAUUGCUGACUCCAAGCGGCAGGGGUACCUCGGUUUCGGCGAGUUCGCCGCCGCGAUGCAGCUCGUUUCUCUGGCGCAAGCGGGGAAGGAGAUCACCCAGAACAGUCUCAAGCUCGAAGAUCUGAGUAGCCUAGACCCGCCAGUUAUGAAAGGUCUUGAUGAACUACUUGCUAGAUCAAUGGCGAUUGUAAAUGUGGUUCGCAAAGAAGAAAAUGAUACCCCUCAGGUCCAAGCACCUUUUGCAAACAACUGGUUCGGCUCAAAAUCAGCAAAGAAGAUGCAAACCCCUCUGACUGCUGUUACUUCUGUAGUUGAUGGCUUAAAAAGACUAUACGUCGAGAAACUGAAGCCUUUAGAGGUUGCAUACCGGUUUAAUGAUUUCGCUUCCCCAUUGCUGACGAACAGUGACUUCGACGCAAAACCAAUGGUUAUGCUCUUGGGUCAAUAUUCUACAGGGAAAACAACCUUCAUUAAGCACCUGCUGAAAACAAGCUACCCAGGAGCUCAUGUCGGACCAGAGCCAACUACUGACAGAUUUGUAGUUGUCAUGUCAGGACCUGAUGAGAGGACUGUUCCUGGCAACACUAUUGCUGUUCAAGCCGAUAUGCCUUUCAAUGGUCUCACUACAUUUGGGGGCGCAUUUCUAUCAAAGUUUGAAUGCUCUCAGAUGCCACAUCCAUUACUGGAGCAUAUCACGUUUGUUGACACUCCCGGUGUUCUCUCUGGUGAAAAGCAAAGGACCCAACGAAGCUAUGAUUUCACCGGUGUAACCUCCUGGUUUGCUGCUAAAUGUGACCUUAUUCUUCUUCUGUUUGAUCCUCACAAGCUUGAUAUCAGUGAUGAGUUCAAACGUGUCAUUUCAUCUUUACGUGGGCAUGAUGACAAAAUACGUGUGGUACUGAACAAGGCAGACCAAGUUGACACUCAGCAGCUUAUGAGAGUGUAUGGUGCACUGAUGUGGUCGCUUGGCAAAGUACUGAAUACGCCUGAGGUUAUGCGUGUUUAUAUUGGGUCGUUCAAUGACAAACCAGUGAAUGAAUCAGCUGUUGGGCCAAUUGGAAAGGACUUGUUUGAGAAAGAGCAAGAGGAUCUCCUUGCUGACCUGAAAGACAUACCUAAGAAAGCCUGUGAUCGCCGGGUCAAUGAGUUUGUCAAGCGUGCUAGAGCUGCCAAGAUCCAUGCUUACAUAAUUGGCCAUCUGAAGAAGGAGAUGCCUGCAGUGAUGGGGAAAGCCAAGGCUCAACAGCGACUCAUAGACAACCUACAAGAUGAGUUUGCAAAGGUCCAGAGGGAAUACCAUCUUCCAGCCGGCGACUUCCCAGACGCGGAGCAUUUCAAGGAGGUGCUGGGCGGGUACAGCAUCGACAAGUUCGAGAAGAUGAAGCCCAAGAUGGUUCAGGCGGUGGACGACAUGCUGGCCUACGACAUCCCGGAGCUCCUCAAGAACUUGAGCAACCCUUACCAGUGAGCGAGCUUGCUGACCUCUCGUCAGCUGCAAAGUGUCGCCCGGCUGUCGUCCUUCCGGACCCUGGUGGUGAUGGUUCUUGAGGGGGCGAUAGCCCUCGUGUGCCAAAACAUGGACAACGUGUCGCAAAGAGUCGCAAUGUUCAGAGAUGCAUAGGCUGUUUCUCUUCGUCUCCAGCUCUCCGUUGAGACUCUGCUUGUGCUAGGUGUUUGGUAGGGAAGAGUUUUGAAUGAAUUGUAGGAACCGUCAAGAGUAAAAGAAUUUCGAGUUUCGAAAAUCUA